CGACCAGCUGAUUUUCUAUUUUCGACAACAUCACAGCAAAAUUUCAACGAAUUGUGUUCAAUUAGCAUAUUUAAUUGCAUUUAAAUAGGAGAAAAUUAAAGUUUUCAUAAUGUUUGGAAAUCUGAAAAAGAAGCUAAGCAAUGCGAUACAGGAGGGCAUUGUAAUCUCCGAGAGUCUGCAGCAACAGUAUCGUCAACGUGUCAGCAGCAACAGCAGCAGUCAAACAAGUGCAGCGACAACACCAACAACGCCUGGAACUUUGGGAAUGGGAAUGAACGAGAGCUUCUCUUCCAGUCGCAGUCACAGCAGUUCCCAUUCAUUCAGUGGUCAACUGGCGGAUGGUGUACCAAUCCAGCUCAAUGUUGCAGCUGGCUGCAAUUUAUUGGCCAAAUACGAGGAUGACUGGCAGCAAAUACAUGCAUCCAACGAUGAGAACGCAGCACGUGCAGCUGCCGUCGCCACACAAAUAACAAAUGUACAACAACGAGCGAGUGGACAGCAUACGACCAUUAAUGAGCUCAACAGUUGUCUUGCUGGUCUACCUGCAUUAAUUGUCAAGCUGCGAGCUAGUGCUCAGACGCUGGAAUCAUUGGAGCAAAUGGGAACGCAGCUGGAAUUCGAAUUGGAAAAGUUGGAGGAUCUAUGUGAGGAAUGUGAACUGCAGGAAUUCGUACUGGAGCAGCAGUUUCAGCUCUCCAAGCACAAGCAGAAGAAGCUCAAUGAACUGGAGCACUACAGACAAAAAGUGGCGGCGGAACAUCAAGAAAAGAUGCGCGCCCAUGAACAACAGCUGCGUCAACUUCAAAAGGAACGUCAAGCUGUUUUCGAUGAUGCAUUUCGUGGCGAUCUCGAGGAGUACAAACAACGCGGACAACUCACAAAAAUACCGACAAAAACAAAUAGACAGACAUCUUUAGAUGAUGUGGUUCUGGAACAAAACGAUGUAGAAGCUAAGGAUGCCCUGGAGCAGUUUCUUAAUGGUUAAUAAUUAAUUAGCCCACGCCUUGAGUCAUUAGUGCCUUUAGUACAAUAUGCAUCAUUAAUAUUGUAUAAUUUUAAUUUUAAUUACAAGUAUAAUAUGUAUAUAUGAGAA